GUCAGACUGGGGUUUUAGAGCGUACAGCAUAAACGAGAAGAAACGAUGAGUCUUAUUCCAGUCAGCAAAAAAGACUUCAAUAUGAGGCGUGUAAUAGAAUAAAUAGAAUAUCAAUAAACUUUAAAUUUUUAACAUUAACUAAGAAUAUAUUUUUCUACUUUUUACUAAAUUAUUUUUAAGAAAUGGAAUUAAAUGCCCAAGUCAAAGAAGAUGACCGUCCAAAGUGGCUUUUGGAGCUGGAAAAUCGUAAACGAAAACCACGAUUAGCGCAUGAAGUUGGUGCUGGGUCUCCUUGUAUUAAAUGUGGAUCUAAUUGUCCAGGACUUGAUUUACAUUUUUGGCGAAAAAUAUGUAAAAAUUGUAAAUGUGGACAUGAUGAUCAUGAUGUUCCUAUUGACGAAUUUCCACAAUUUGAUUUAUUAUUCGGUUCUUCGGGAAAAUCUAAACGCAAAUUAAUUGUUCUUAAAAUUAAUAAACAACAAGUGGAUAAUGAAGAAACUUUUGAAUGGGCACCACCGGAUACGACAAAAGAACUUGCAGCAGAUUAUAUGAAAGCUUUGCCAGAAGAUAAAUUACCCAUUAAAGGAUCAGUAGGAGCUGCUUUGAGAAAACAACAACUUCAGAAGCAACUUCCGUUACAUGACAUUGAUCAUAAAGUAUGUGAUGAAUUAUCAGAGUCAGAGAGAAAACAAUUUGAAAAAUAUUUGGAAAAUUUAAAAAAAUACGUUGGUCAAGGAAAAGUUUCAAAGAUAAUAACAGCAAAACCUUUUGAAAAAUCUUUAGUAACACCAGCAAAUGCUUCAGAAUGCUUUACACCUAAACAUAAACCAAGUUUAAUAAAUAGCCAACCAUUAAACCUUCGUACUCCCAGUAGUUUUAUACCUAAAUCUAUGAAAUCAUCAUACUCUACUCCAUUGGCAUCACAAGAAGAAAUUUAUAAUCCAAAUCUAAGUUUUAAUACAUCAGUAAACGAUCCAGAAAUAGCUCCGAGAAUACUUGAGACUCUUCGUGGCCCACUUUUAGGACAAAUUACCAAUGAUAGUCAUAAAAUGGCUAGAUAUCAUCAUAUUAUUGAGAAUAUGAAAAACGAAGGAAAAGUUGCUGCGGCUGAUUCUGUUUCUGGUACUCGUAAUCUUGCAUUAAAUAUUUCAAAUAUUACUCGACUGCCUCACGAUGAAAAGUGUUAUCCUAUUGGAUCAAUGGAACAAAAUCUAGAAACUAUAAAUAAUAAUCCAGAUAACGAACAAAUUAAAACAGAUACAGUAGUGUCAACGCCGUCUUCCAUAAUUGAUUCUAUUCAUUCCAAUAAUCAUAAUUUAGCAUUUAAUUUUGCCCAAUCUAAUUUACAUUCCGAUAAUUAUCAGAAAAAUGAGAAUAUUAAUAAAAAUAAAUCACAAACCGAAUUUAACGCUUUAGACUUUCCACAAUGGUCAACAAAAUUAAUAACACCAUCAAUAAAUUCAUGUGAAUCGAUUUCUCAAGAAAAUAAAAAUUCAUUAUUAGCAGACAAAUUGUUAUCAGAUGCACUUUUACCACCAAGCGCAAUUAAUUCUGCAGAUAUUAUUGGAAGUACAUUAGACGAAAAAGAACUUUCAUAUAUCCGUGAAAAACUUUCAUCAAAAUACAGUGGUAAAGAAGAAGAACCUAUUGAUUUAAAUAAUUUAUCAAAAUCCCGAGAAUUAAUAAGAGAUAACGGAGAAGAAAAAAAUAUUAAAAGUUAUAUAAACCAUAGUGCAGAAUUUAACAAUCAAAAUAUUCAUUCAAAACCAAUCCACGCUCACUUGAGUAGUUGUAAUAGCCCUGGAAAUUCAAUUAUUAGAUCAGAGCAACUUAAUAAUCCUGUAUUUCCAGAAGAAGCUUUUGGUAAAACAAAAAAUUUCGAGAGAGAUUCAAUUAUUGAUAAUCUGAGCGACGCGGUGAAUGAUAUAUCGAUAACUCAUUCAAAAGUACAGAAAUGUCAUAAAUGUCAAGAAGGAAUCGUUAUUAAUGAUGUUGUUGUAACCGCUGAGAAAGCUAAAAAUGCUGUAUGGCAUCCUGGAUGUUUUGCUUGUUCAACUUGUAAUGAAUUACUUGUCGAUUUAGUUUACUUUUAUUAUAAAGAUAAACUUUAUUGUGCUCGAGACCUUGCUAAUUUAUUAGAAAUACCAAGAUGCUUUGCAUGUGAUGAGCUAAUCUUCGUGAGAGAAUAUACUGUAGCAGAAGGACAUAAUUAUCAUGUUAAACAUUUCUGUUGCUGGGAUUGUGACGUUCCAUUAGCUGGACAACAAUAUAUUUCAGAGAAUGAUCGUCCUCUUUGCUUAGUUUGUUAUCAAAAAACUUAUGCCAAAAUAUGCGAUAAAUGUCGUCAAGUUAUAGCAGCUGAUCAACAAGGUGUAGCUGUAAAAAAUCUUAACUUCCAUGCAUCUGAUGAAUGUUUUUGUUGUGCUACGUGUAAAAAAAGUUUAUUAAAUGGCAGAAUGGCGAUCAGAGAAGAUAAACCAUUUUGUUGUAAAGAAUGUAUAACUGUCUAUCUACAUACUAAAAAAUAAUAAAUAUUUUAUAAUAUACAUUAAACAUA